AUGUGUGAACCAUUACAAAAGUAUGCAUCAUCACAACAAGAUUUUGUGGUAGAUCUGCCACUAGAAAAUGGUCAUUAUGCAAGCUUUUUAGGAUAUUUUAAAAAUGAACAUGGUGAUGAAGGAGAUUUUCUUCUAAAGCAAUAUAAGAUCCUAUGGGAAGUUAUUUUUGGAAAUGAUGCAAAAGAACUUCAAUUAGUUUUUGAAACUGUAUUAACCCUAAAGAACAAUUAUUUACAAUUUAAAGGCAUCACGAAUGACAAGGUUUCGUUAGCGAGUCGGCAAUAUCUCUAUGAACUAUUUAUUGAUCAUAUAAACUCGGUAGAAUAUAAUAAUGACAUCAAAUACUUUGAUUCUAUUAAAAGUAGCAUAAUAUGCGUAGAUAUUCUGAACCCUCAAUUAAAAGAAAAAUUGUCAAAAAAUGACUUGGAUGAUUUAUCAGAAAAAUUAUCCAUUCCAAUCAAUGUUUCUAAUGCUUUAUAUUCAGAAAUUUCUCCAAAUUGUAGUCAUGAAGAAAAAAUACAAUGUGAAAUAUAUCAAACUAUUUUGAACCAUAUGGAACAAACUAUCUGGUCAAAUUCAUAUAAUGUAGACAAGAUUAGUGAACAACAAUACAUAUCUGAUACAAUUUAUAGUUUCAUAUUCAGAUCAAUAAGGCAUAUUAAUGAUAACCUUUAUACAUUAUUUGGUAAAAUAAUAUCUACUGGAUCCACUCAAAGAAAACGGCUUUAUAAAUUACUUGGAUUAAAUAAGAAGAAAAUGAGUAGACCACUCUCAAAAAAACUUUCAAAUAAAGAAAGAUUUGAUCUUGGUAGAAACAAUCACAAUGCCAAAGAUGAAAAAAGCUUAUGCAAACUGGCUAUAAUUGCAGAGUUUGGACCAAUUUUAGAGGAAUCAGAUUUAGAUAUUCUGUUAAAUGAAUUAUAUGUAUUCAUGAUUCAAGUAAAAAAGAAGACAAUAGAAACAUCUGUUCUUGAUUAUAUGAUGCAACAAAUUUAUUAUUCAAGGCUUCUAAACCGGACUGAGAUCCCUUUAAACAAAAAGAUUAUGGAUAAAGUUGCUAUUGCUGAAAAUGCAAAUAAAAUAGACAAGUUGAUGAACAAGCUUUCAAGAAAGAAGCAAGAAUGGAAGGCCAAUAACUUUGACUCUUUGACAAUAAGUGAUGCUGGAAAAAAAUUAGUCUUAUCACAAGCAAUUACUUUAUUAACUCCAUCAUCUUUACCAUCAACAAAAGAAACUCUUAGAGAAAUAAACUCUUUAUGUACUUUAAAACAUAUUUUUGCAACCGACACCAUUCUUCAUAUACCAGAACAUUUGCUAAUAAGUGCUAAUGAUGAUGAUUCAAUUCCUGAUAUUAAAAUUUGA